AUAUUCAUAAUAAUCGUACGAUAGAUAAAUAAAGGAGAAAGAAAAAGGAGGUUUGAGAGACUAGAAGAGGAUUGGGAUUUGGCAAGAGAUUUAGAUUAGCAUGGAAUCAAGAAUGGAGUGUAGUAGUCAUCAACAACCUCAGUCACUGUAAAUUUUUUUGGUUAUUAUUUAUCUCUCUCAAAUGCAUAUGCAAUCGCAAUCAAUUGCAAAGCAUUUCGGAUCCAGAGGGAGAGACCCUUUGUGACAGCCUGUAUCCUCUCCAUCGUCUGAUAGAUUCUUCAUUUUUUUUCCAUUUCUCGCGGCAAGAUCUCACACUCUGCACCUAGGGUUAGGGUUUUGGUUCUUGCGGCAUGGCGACUUCUUCGAGUUCUUCGAGCUGGCGCGAGGGCAUGUCCUCCGACAACAUAAAGGGACUGUGCCUCGCUCUCUCUUCUAGCUUCUUCAUCGGCGCCAGCUUCAUUGUCAAAAAGAAGGGUUUGAAGAAGGCCGGUGCUAGUGGAAUCAGGGCCGGAAGUGGAGGUUAUUCUUACUUGUAUGAGCCGCUUUGGUGGGUGGGAAUGAUAACAAUGAUUGUUGGAGAGAUUGCCAAUUUUGCAGCUUAUGCAUUUGCCCCAGCUAUAUUGGUCACCCCUCUUGGUGCUCUUAGCAUUAUUAUCAGUGCUGCUCUUGCUCAUAUUAUUUUACGGGAGAGGCUACAUAUUUUUGGAAUUCUCGGUUGUGUUUUGUGUGUUGUGGGAUCUACGACAAUUGUUUUGCAUGCACCUCAAGAACGGGAAAUUGAAUCUGUUUCAGAAGUGUGGGAUCUUGCUAUGGAACCAGCAUUUCUCUUUUAUGCAGCUAUGGUUAUAACAGCUACUUUUAUCCUUAUCUUCCACUUCAUUCCUCUCUAUGGCCAGACACACAUAAUGGUUUAUAUUGGUGUUUGUUCCCUUGUAGGUUCUCUAACGGUUAUGAGUGUUAAGGCUCUUGGAAUUGUCAUAAAGUUAACACUGUCUGGGAUGAAUCAGCUAAUUUACCCUCAGACUUGGGCAUUCACUCUAGUUGUACUUGUUUGUGUUCUUACCCAAAUGAAUUAUUUAAAUAAGGCACUGGAUACUUUUAAUACGGCAGUGGUAUCUCCUAUAUAUUAUGUUAUGUUCACAACAUUUACCAUUGUGGCUAGUGUUAUUAUGUUUAAGGACUGGGAUAGACAAAGUCCAACACAAGUUAUCACAGAAAUAUGUGGGUUUGUGACCAUUCUAUCAGGAACUUUUCUUCUUCACAAAACUAAGGAUAUGGCUGAUGGUUUACAAACAUCUUUAUCUAUUAGACUUCCUAAGCAUUCAGAAGAGGAUGGCUUUGAUGGUGGUGAAGGCAUUCCUCUUAGACGGCAAGAAUCCAUGAGAUUGCCAUGAUAUAUUCUUUGCAUCACAUCUUGCAUUUCUAAAUGAGCUUGAGGCGCUGGGGAGGGAUUUUGCCAAGGUCGUCUGUAAUUUACUGAUUAUUUCCCUCCCCAUCAUAUUUUUUACCUGAUACAGCUGGGUCGAAGGAUGAGAGUUUCCUAUCACUGUUCUUUUGGCCUCCUGAUGAUUAUGCUUUCUGAUCUUGCCUUGCAUGCCCAUCUACACUCCAUACCGGAGACAAAAGCUAAUGUAAUUUUCUGCACAUUGAUUAUAUAUAGUGUACCUCAGUUAAAUGAAAAUAUUCAUCAUCAAAUUUUGAACUGGACAGCAUUGCAAUGUUAUUAUCAGUGUCUGCUGCCAUUUGAACUCGAGCUGACCACAAUAUUUUGCGCAUGUUGGAGCUAAAUAUGGAAAUCAGGAUGUGUAGAUUCCAGGUCAAAUGCAUUGUUUAAUAGAUUGUUUUAAAUUUUAGUCGCUUUA